GCCUGUGAGCUGGAAGACGUGGAAGCGUGCUGGUUGUUAAGCACUUGGUAUAUUGGAAGUGGCGCAAAAUUUGUUACAAGUACCUCUAAGAGGCCUAGGAAAGCAAAUGCGAACUUGGGUGAAUUACCGCGAAACAUGGAUUUGGCCUUGAAAUACGGCAUACGCGCAUGUGAUUUCGGAUGCUUUCAAUCUUGUGUAAAUGUAUCCAGGAUCUACCGGAUAGGUGAAGGAGUGGAACGUGAUCCAGAAAAAGCUAGAAUAUAUAAAGAAAAGGCAAAAAAAGCAUACGAUUGCGCGGUAUCUGGUGAUAAAGUUGAUUUUACCGGAUAA